ACGAUACUAUACUCACCUUCAAACCUGUAAUACUUUGUCCUCAAAGCAACAAGGAUGGACCCCUCAUAUGCCUCGUCCGACGAUGAGGCUGACGUCAUGGCGGCAGCUAUGGGCUUCUCCUCUUUCGGCACCCAGGGACCACCCAAGAAACGGAAGUUCAACCCCAAGAGCGAUGCCUUCAUUGAGGGCCAAGACUUGGAAGCUGUGGACAAAGGGGGCAAAAAGGGGCAGGGCAGCGGAGGAAAUCAGAUUCCGCUGGGAAGGCCAAGGCAAUUGGGCGUGCCGUCACAAGCCCCAACAGGAGCUGCGAAAAAUGACGAGGAAAUUGCAUUGGAUGAUGAUGAAGGACCGCAGUACGUGGAUGAGGGCGACGAUGGGCCGAGAUAUUUGGACACCAGUCGUCCGCCACCUAUCAUGGAUGGGAUAGGAAGGAAUGAAGAUGAGAUUUUGCUGGAUGAGGAUGAGGACGAGCAAGGCCCAGGAUAUGUUGAUACCAGCCUCCCACCACCAAAUCAAGCAGCUCAGGAAGCACAAGAGAAGAUCGAUGCCAUCUUAUCCUCAACAGGAAGCUCGGCGGCCCCAGUCCCUCCAAAGCAAAAACAGAAAGCCAAGAAACCGCAGAGUUCUGGACUUGGAGCUUUUAUGAACGCGUUGAGGACGCCUGUUGUUGCACCACCGGGAUCCAGCAUAGCACCAGCGCCCGGGACGACGACAAUACUGCAAACCCCAGCAGUGGCCUCACUACCACAGCGCCCACCGCCACCUUCUCCAAGUACCAUGGGACCACCGGGAGUAUCAGUGGGUAGGGGUCAAAAUGCGGGGCAGAGAGGGCAAAGGAAUGAGCUGUGGUAUAUAGGCUAUUAUGAUCCGAGCUUUAAUGAUAAUCCCUGGAGAGGACUGGAGAAGGAAAAUGGGCUGCCAGAGGUUGGGACGUGGGUUGAGAGGCCUCAGAGGGGUCAGGGUCAGGGUCAGACGGCGUAAACGGUCAUAGGAGCCGGGAAAUCACAUGCAUAUUAGCUGGAGGUUGGGCUGACAAUCACAAUAACAUUGCAACAAAUCACGCAUCAAUUUUCCCCAUGUUCAACCAUAUUCUUCAACUAUCUUUUAUUUUUCUUGGCGUCUUCUUUACCCUCUCAAGUUGUCUCACGCCCGUAUCCAGCACUUGGGAAGCGUGCAAUUACGAUGUCAAGACAUUCAUAGUGUGAACAAAAUUAAGCUGGUAGGUAGAAAUCAGAG